UUUUGUCAGACCCUAGACGAGUGCGUAGAGAAGGGGGGCAGUGACUGUGACCCCGUCCACCUGUGGCUGCAGAUUCCCUUUUUCUGUGGACAGGACGCCAUGUGUUGGGAACCAGGUAAUAGGUGGGCGUUAGAAAUGGCGAAGGAGAACGUAUUACGGCACUACCUGGUGGUGGGGGUGACAGAGGAACUGCGGGAUUUUGUGGCUCUCCUAGAGGCAGUCCUCCCAAGGUUUUUCAGAGGGGCAGUCAAACUGUUUGAGGAAGGUACAAAGUCCCACUUGAGGAGGACUUCUAACAAGGUGCCCCCUAAACCGGAGACCUUAGCCAAGAUAAAAGACUCGAAAAUAUGGAAAAUGGAAAACGAAUUCUAUCAGUUUAUUCGCAAACAAUUCCACUUCAUCAAAUCUCAGACUUUUGAACUGGUGAACGGACAUUAUGUGGAAAAGAGCAACCGAUUCCAUUACGAAAAGAUCCGACCAAGAUAGGGCUGACUUAGAAAUCAUUUUAUUUCCAGAUCAUGGUGCUGCAUUAUUUUUCCCAGUAGGGAGGAGACGUGUGGAUUUUGCUGUAUCUCUUUUUGAUUCUGAUUUUCUGAUAAUUGUAACUUAGGCUGAUCUUUUAUGUGAUCAUUUUAUUUUUGUUCUCUAGCUGUUAAAAAGAAAUGGUACUCCUGUCACAUUUUCAUCUGUAACUAUAUCUUGAAUUAAAACUUCAUUUUUUGUUUUCAUAUAAGAGAACUUUUUUUCAUGAUUUUUCAAGAUAAGAUGUAAUUUGAGAUUGUCAAUAUUGCAUUGGACUUUAAAUUUCUUAAUUUUUUUCAUCAUGAUUAUAUGCACUUGUUAAUUAAGAAUAGCAUUAAUUGUUAAGCUUUACUGGUACACUGUUGAGACAUAUCAGCUGACCAUGCUAUGAAUGAGUCCUGUGGUGUGAGUGCGAGUGGCGGAAGAGCUUUAUUUAAAAAAAAAAAAGCUCAAAAUAAAUAUUGUCUAUAAUAUAGCACUAGCGACAGUUUUGAUGUUUAUAUAUUAACUGAUUUCUUAAAUCAAAUGCAUAUCAAUUUUUCUCCCCUGAAUUUAUACUAAUUAACUAAUACUUUUUAAUUUUUAAAUAUAUUCAUUUGGUUAAUAGUAAUGUGGAAAGUUUAAUAAGUAAGUGUCAGGUUCUAACGUUUUGAACUGAGUAACUAUGUAUGUCAUAGGGUCAGGAACAAAGAAUUUGUACUUCCAUUGUAAGCAGAUGUAGAAAGUGGUGAAUAAAAACUUCAUAUUAUAAAGAAUAGAUUACUCUACGACCAGAAUGACCUACAAUGUACUAUUUUACAACUUUCUGUAAAUAGAGUUACAUCCCUUUGUUCACUGUGUAGACUAUCUCUGGUCUGUUUGAAGUUAUAAAGUGAUAAUACAGAGUGCAUUCUAAUUUAACACACACUUCACCCAAAAACAUUUUCUUCGACAGACAAGGUAGAAUAAAAAGCAUUCCAAUUCAAUGUACAUCGAUCACCAUCGGCACAUAAUGAUUUUAAUAAAGAGAAUUGUAAUUAUUUGUAUUGAAUACAUGAUGGCUGUUUUCAUUUUUUGAAUGCAGGAAAAUGAUCAGCAUUAUUUAUUUUAAUCAAUGUAAUAUCUGAGUUGAUAUUCACGUGAACAAACAUGUACAUAGCAUUUGGUGGUACAUGGCAGUACUACAGUGUUGUAUGUGUGAUACCAGGUUGUGAGUUCAUCAUUGAAAUUUUGUUAUUUUUCAUUCCAUGUAAGUGUUUGUAAUAAGCAUAUUUGUUUUCUUUUCUUUAUAUACAUGCUUCCCACCUGACUUUUGUGAUCAUUAUAUGCUAUAAAAUUCACAAAGGAUUUAGAAACUGUUUAUAUUUAUUUUUUGAAUUGAAUAAAAAGAAAACACUCUUCUCUGAACUAAAAUUUGCUAUGUGACUAGAUUGUCAACUAAAUUUGAUUUUGCAUGUACGGGAAUUAACUUCAUUUAUAUCGGCACAUACAGGAAUUAACUAAAUUUAAUUCAGCACAUACAGGAAUUAACUAGGAUUUAUUUGGCAAAUACAGGAAUUAACUACCGUAAAUCUGGAAAUUUUUGUUGUAGAUAAAUUUUUAGUAAAUUUGCAAGUUCAUUGCAUUCGCAAAAAUAUUUUUCUUAAAAAUAAAUUACCAAUGAGAAAAUGUAAACAAAGCAGUGGUCAUUCACAAAAUUUUGAAAUGUAAAACUUAAUCAACAGCAUUUUGACCCGAUUUCGCAAAGUAAAAUCGACGUAAAAAUUUCCAGAUUUACGGUAAUUUUAAUUUGGCACAUACAGGAAUUAUUUAAUUUGGCACAUACAGGAAUUAACUAAUUUUAAUUUGGCACAUACAGGAAUUAACUAGGUUUUAUUUGGCACAUACAAGAAUUAACUAAAGCUAAUUUUAUAGCACACAGGAAUUAACUACCGGUAGGUUUUAUUUUGCACAUACAUGAUCUUUUGUUGUCAGUUUACUGUUACUUCUCCUGACUAGGGAUUAUACCUGUCCAAAUACUAGUAUAUGUAUCUUGACUUACGAUUGGUCUAAAAGACACGAAAAACAUGACUGUACAAUUAAAAAAAAUGAACAGGUAAAAAUGAUACUGGGUUGACAAUUUUGAUACUCUGUACUGCAGUUUACGACUGGAUAAUGACCAGCCAAUGAAAUUUUUUCACUCUAGCUUUUAAGGAUUUAAUACAUUUUAAAAAUUAAACAAAUGUGUACUUUAAAAAUUCACAGAAAAAUCCAAUUUUGAAUUCAUAAUACAAGUAUUAUUAGUAGUUUAAUUUUGAAGGUUAUAUAAGAUAUUAUCAGGCAUUGCUGAAUAGAUGAUUUUGUUGUGUCAAGUUUUAGAAAGGAUCAAAAUAUUGAAGUCCAUUGUCUUCCAUGAAUUGUUCAGUGUAUAUUUCACAGAUAGUUGUAUCAUGCCAUGUAGUUAUUCAUUCAUCAUAAAUAACAUUUGUAAAGGCUAUAAUAGAAUUUUCCUUGUCAUGUUAUGUUUUAUCAAUAGAAAAUAAAAUGUUGAUUGAAAAAUAGAA